AUGCAUGUUUGGAAGGUUACCAUUGUUGCCUUCUUGCGGCAAACUGGAGCCGGCAAGACCUUUACGAUGGAAGGACCGGAUUGGGACAGCGAAGGGGAAGGAUGUCAACGGAGCGUGGACAAACGCGGCCUGAUUCCACGAAUUCUGCAGUACAUCUUCCAGAGACUUUCAGCUGAGAAGGUUAACCCUUUCUGCCUGAUCAUUCUUACGGUGGAAACAAAUUCUUUGCUGGAGCUGCAGAUGCUUGAGUUCACCAUCCGGUGCUCCUACCUGCAGAUAUACAAUGACCAGGUGUCAGACCUCCUCGAGCCAGACUCGGUGAACCUGAAUGUGAGGGAGGACCUGAGGCACGGGAUGUUCGUGGAGGGUCUGCAGGAGGUGGUGGUGUCCACAGCCGACGCCACCUACGCGCUGUUCAAGCGCGGCUCGCAGAACCGGCGUGUGGGACAGACUGCUAUGAACAUGGAGAGCAGCCGCUCUCACAGCGUGUUCACUAUUGUGGUGGAGACUCAGCGGAGGGACGAUGCAGGGGUGAUGAAGAGGAGGAAUUCACGGUUCAAUCUGGUAGACCUAGCAGGAUCAGAGAGGCAGAAGCAUAGCGAGGCGCAGGGGGUGCGGCUGAAAGAGGCCGGGAGCAUCAACAAGUCACUUUCUGCGUUGGGAAACGUCAUCAAGGCCUUGGUUGACAUUGCAGAGGGGAAAGUUCGCCAUGUGCCUUAUCGAGACUCGAAGCUCACCUUUCUCCUAAGUGACUCUCUGGGUGGCAACUCCAAGUGCACCCUGCUGGCAGCAGUGAGUCCUGCGGAGCGUAACAUGGAAGAGACCCUGUCGACUCUCAAGUUCGCGCAGCGAGCCAAGCUGAUGCACAACGAGGCGGUAGUGAACGAGCUGAUGAUGGGCAACCCCGCCGUCAUGGGCGAGGAGAUCCGGCGCCUGCGCCUCGAGAUCGCCGAACUCAGAGAGAACGAGCGCAUCUGCCGCUUGGAGCAGAUCAUCUCGCAGUCCACCGCGCAUGCAAUAGAGGCAGAGAGGCCGGCAGCUCAUGCACGUUUGCCCUUUUACGUUGUGUGCUGGCAUUUUCUCCUCCCCCUCUGCUCCACCCCCACCGCAGAGAACGAGCGCAUCUGCCGCCUGGAGCAGAUCAUAUCGCAGUCCACGAAGCGGGCUCUGGAGGUGGAGAGGAAGUUGGCGCAGGAGGUGGCGAAGCAGAGCAAGAGGGCCGAUGCUGCUGAGGCUCUGGCGGAAGGGCUCGUGAGAAAUGUGCAGGGGCUGAAGAUGGUGGUAAAGCUGCGGGACGAGAGGAUCAAGCGCGUGGAGGCGCAGGGGAGGUGCGAGGGGCAGUGUGCACGGGGGGAGGACGCGGCAGCAGUGGAGGAGCUGUCGCAGGAGGUGGAGGUGCUGAGGCGCAUGGUGGAGAGAAACCCUGACGCCAUCCGGUUCCAGCUCGAAGUUGAAAACUGCAAAGGUGUGUUCUGUGAGAUGUAG